AUGCAGGGAGCCAAAAGUCUGACAGCAGCAACCCUGGCUCUUCUCCUGAUGUUUUCUGUCCUGGGAAACAGCGCUCCUCAGAAAUUCUUUAAUAGAAGAAACUGGACUCCUCAAGCUAUGCUCUACCUGAAGGGGGCACAGGGGCGCCGCUUCAUUUCUGACCAGAGCCGUAGGAAGGACCUCUCUGACAGGCUGCCUCCAGAAAGACGAAGCCCAAAUCCCCAACUACUAACUCUUCCAGAAGCAGCAGCUCUAUUACUGGCUUUGUUGCAGAAACCACAAGAAGAUGGAGAAAAAAACUCUGAUCAAAGCAGAUUCCUGGGAGAUGGUCUGCUAAACUGGUGAAAAUAAACCAGAGUACAUUCAAGCAUAGUUCUGUUCUUGUUGAAAACAUGAACCAUGUGAAUAAAGCCCCUGGACCCUUUUACUAUGAUCUUAGAAAUAUGUCCUACUAGUUGUAUUUUUCAGAAGCAAAAGAAAUGUAGAGUUCUAAGCUAAGACCAUCAUCAUCCGCUCUUGCUGUUUCAGGUCCUGUUCAGAUCACCUGGUGUCUUACUCUACAAUUUUUUUGGAGCAUUUCUAAUAAGGCUGAAAACUCAUUACAGCCAAAACCUGGCUUGAUCUUGGUUGUUGGUUUUUCAUCCCAUUACCCAUUUGCAUUCUGAUGUCACUCAGCAGUGGUUCUCCCUGUUUCCCCUUUUUCUUAUUCCUAAGAGAAGGGUCAGGCCUGGCAGGACUGGAAAAGGGAGAGUCUUACUGUGUAGUUUCUCCAGGAGAUUUAAGUUGUUAAGGAAGGAAGUGGAAAUGGGCUGGCUGGGAAGAAACCCUGUAAGAAUACAUGAGUGUGGUUACUGAGAUGGGGAACAGGUAGUUCAGCUGGAACCAGUGAAAGGUUUGCUGAAGGGCCAUAACUAGGAGCUCCCCAGGUGCCCUCAGGAGAUUUCCCAGAAAUCAUUUUAGAAAGUUGGGUCUAAAAGUUAGGGACUUAAGCAAAUGGAGACUUUGCUUGAGUAUAUAUCAUACAAAGGGAACCAGCUAGUUUUCAAGAGGUAACCCAUUUUCCAUGGCUAAAGAGUCUCAGCAAAUUCUAAUCCUCUGCUUACUCUAACUGCCUAGGUCUUCAGGCUUUAUUUGACAUUAGAGCAUUACAUUAAGGUACCCUGGUAACAUAGUGCAUGUAAUAUAAACUAGUUUACUACUUUUCAAAGUCAACUUGGGUUCAGUAUCACCUGAACACAAAUACAGUCACACCCCUACGGCAAGCAUAAUAAUUUAUUUGGAAUCACCACAUGACCAUCAUGUUUUUAACCUAAUCAAUUCAGAGUUGUUACUGAUAAAUGUUAUAAGUGGAAAGUAUUGUUAAUUCUUAUGGUAAUCAGUAUGUAGCCAUUAUUUAGUAGCCAAAGAAUAUCUUUCUGUGAAUGUCUCCAACUUGAAAUUGUAAUUUCACUCUGUUAAGUAAUCAAAAUCAUCUGGCUCUUGUUUCAUAAUUGAAUCAUAAUACAAUAGUCAAGUUAAUAUAACAUUGAUCUCUGCCAAA